UUAACUUUCAUUAGUGAGGAGGGAGAAUGUGUUGCUUCUUAUGUUGUAGCAUGUUAAAGGAUGAGAAAAUUCUGCAUGGUAUCCAGGGGGAAAGAUUUGGUUUUACUGGAAGAUAACAGCAGGAUUUUAGUUUUCCAGCAAACGCUGGGAAACGGAGCCACUCUUAAGAGGCAUGGCAACCUUUUGGCUUCAGUGUUCAGCUACCCAGCAACGACCGAGAUGAAUACCAAAUGUCUCUGUCCGUCUUUUCUCGACAGCUUCCCUCCGUGGGUUUACUGCUGAGAGCAGACGUGACACUGUCUCGUUUGUUCUCAGGUGAAAAUCCGUCCUAGUUGAUUAGAUUAGCUUAAAAUCUGAUCAUCAUGCGGUCUGUUUAGUCUAACAGGAUUCAUGAGACGAGCUUUUGUUGAGGCAUGAUCGUAACUCUGCCACAUGUUUUGUUUUUUCUGUAAACGGCUCCCAAUUGUCUGUCAAUGGGAGGUUAGGCAUGCUGGGGGGAGCAAACCAGCAGUUACUGGUCCAGUUCCAGGACAGGGGCCAAUGUGGAAGUGGGAGCAUUUCAGGAUUCACUUCUAGACAUCUGAGCAGAGGUACCUUGGCCACAUCUGAUGGUCCCGUACGUCCACUGAUCUAAGACCCACCCAUGCUUAUCUAGAACCAACUUGCCAGAAAUGCAUCUCCCUCUAUCCCUCAAGAUGUCACACGGGUGCAAGGUGAGGGUGUGGCUGGGAGCGUGAGCCGUGAAAUCCCCAGAGUUACAUCACAUGGAGGUGAAAGGACAGCUGAUCACAUCCAUGGGUUUGGGGGCUCCCGAUGUUCAAGGCUGCCAGGAUGGCAAGCUGCAGGCUGAGAGGAUGGCAGCUCUGCAGGAGAGGAAGCAGGCUCUGGAGGCUCUCCUCGACGCCAGAGUAGGAGAGCUCAAACAAGUCUGUCUGCAGGAGGCAGAGCUGACUGGGAAGCUGCCACGUGCAUUCCCUCUGGAGAUCGGAGAGAAAGCCCCACUGGUGCAGCGCAGAGCUGGCCUGGCGCCCAGCACCAAGGUGGAGGAUGACUCUGCCCAGAGAAAGCAGAUGAAAGCCAUCUUCACCGGCGCUCUGUACAGACACUCCGAAUCAGACCGAAACGGCCCAAACAGCAAGAGGACGGUCCAUCGGGGGUGUCACACCGAGGACGCGGUGAUGUCAGAAAGCACCAGCUCCAUGUCGGAUUCUACAUCUCAUGAUAACGAGUCCUCGCCCAGCGUGGCUGCUGACCAGCGCUCUCUGUCUCAGCCCCGGCUUACUGUGGGCAGCCCCGACCACAGAAUCAGCAGGAAGUUGUCCCCAGUUGAGAUUUACUAUGAGAUGAGGACACGUCGCAACUCUGUCACAAGCUCUGUUAGCCCAACUCACUCUUUACCUAGAAGUGCUUCUAACAUUGAAGGUAGAAGCGUUCCAGCAACUCCUCUGUUGGCCCGAACUGCUCCAAUAAGUGUUCACGUGAGGUCGGAUGCAUCAGGUGGGAAUGGGUUGAAGCAGUGGUCUGGCAGCCUGGAUGUCCCAUAUAUGAUUCCACUGGCCCAAGAGAGCUCCUCUUCUGAUCGCCGAAGCUGCCCGUACAGCUCCCGAGCGAGGCGCAGCAACAGCUCUGAGGCCCUGCUGGAUAGAUCAAGCCUCCCAGACGAUCCUGCACCUAGAAACGGUAUGCCGCAGAGAGGAGGGCCCUACAAGAGCUCAGAGACAUUGACUGAUGGCAAGCUACGACACAUUCAUCUGGGCAGCCCUGAGAGACAUGUGGACAGCUCUGUAGAGCAGGUAAAGAUGCGUCUAUCAAUGGGUGGCAGGGGAGCCGGCGGAGGCUACAAUGAGCUACUGAUGGAUUAUAUCUGGGGCAAACAGCAGAGGAUGCAAGUACAGCAUCCUCUAUACCAGUCCACAGGCAGAAUUUGGCAAGACAUGUCCUCUCCUCGCGCCUCCACUGCAGCGGUGCCUCCUCAUGCCAAUGGAUUUUCCCAUUCCCAGGUGCACCUUCCCAGCGCUGCACCUCCUUACAGCCCCAUGGUCCUCAGAGGCUCCCAAGCAGAGCUACGCAGGGUCAAAGUCACCAGAACAAAAUCUUGCGGGCCCUUUAUCCCUUUGCAGCAGCAUCCCCAAGACGGUAUCUUGUUAUCAGCAUACGAGUCUCCACUUCCUGCCACUGGUACCACCACAUCCUCCAUCCCCAACCUGCACCCUUAUCAGACUGAGUUGUCUGGUCCUUCCUUCAGCCGCAGACCACCACAGUUUUCUCUCCCGACUCCAGAAGAUUCAACAAGAAGCCUGCAUAAAGCUCUGGCUCUGGAGGGACUGAGGGACUGGUACCUGAGGAAUGCUCUCGGCUACCAUCCAGCAGCCUCAAAGGGCCACGAGGCAGGGAUCUCCCGUCUAUCAUACCCCCACCCCCUGGUACAUCAGGCUCAGUCUCUUCAAGGUGAACCAGCCAACCUCCAAAGGCCUCAAAUACCCCAGUCAGCCAGCUUCCAUGGUCACCCACUACACGGACGAUCGAUGGAGUUUUCUCUCUACCAGGAGACCCCAGAUCCACAAAUGCAAGAGGUGACCCCAAAGGAGCCCAGUGCAGAUCCGGGAACCCUGGUCUGAAGCAGCAGACUCUCUCUCUCUCUCUCUCUCUCACACACACACACACACACACACACUGCAUUAUAUGAGCAAAAACACUGUAGCCUCAUGUAGACUUGCAUUCCUGACACAGUUAUACAAGUUGAUACGAUGUGACCUCAAAUACGAAGCAAAACAUGACAACCUCAGCUGAUGGAGACCAGAAAACAACAGACUGACUGUACAGAACUCCCUGUGCUGCUUCCGAUUCCACCUGGAUGAAGUUCAAACCCAGUGUUGUCAUGUGGAUGUGCACUGGUGCUGGCUUCCAGAACAUCUUACACCAGUAAAUGAUCAUUCUGUGCUUCAUAUCUAAAAACCUCUGGUCCAACACGAGCAGUGAGAUCCCUCCUAAACAUCCUGAAAAGUCCCAAAAUAUAAUUUUUUACAGAAUAUAUUCAAGGCUAUUUUGUAUCUACUGAGAUAUAAAGAAAUUAUAUUAAAGAAGUAGUAUAAUUUAUUGCUCAUUUAUUAUAAUCUCAUUUCAUUUGAAAAACGUGUCAUUGAAUGUGUGUUUUUAAACUAAUUUGCAAAAAAAAAAAAGCCUCAGUGCUCUUUUUUUAUUUUUUUUUUAACAUAUGAUAAAACAGGAGAGGCCAUGGAUGGUAGCAUAGUGAUAUAAAGAAAUAAUCUUGAGUAGAAAAUGUGAGCAUUGAGCUUCUGAAAGCUUAGUCUAAUCAAAAACUGAAUCUUUUAAUGAUGUCAUUGUGAUUUUCUUUCUCUUCUGUCUUUGUUUUCUAUGUUUAUCUUAGUGCUGGAUGAUAAAUGUAGCUUCCUCUGUGCAGACUACAGGAAAAUAAAUGAUCAGCUGUGACAUAGGGCUGCAGUGUGACCUGUUAUAUGGAAGUAGCACAUGACUACAAAAACCACUAAGAUGCAUUUAUUUGUGGAGAAUAUGAGUGUGAUGCAGAGCACUUUAUGAACAUCUUAAGCCUUAAUUCCCUAUAAAAAUCGUAGCUAAGCGAGAUGACAGGCGGUUUGAAGGGUCAACAGGGUUCAUAAUGGGGCAAAUGUAAAGAGAGUGCAUGUUUCUACAUCUGCUGACAGUCGAUCUGAGUGUUAGUUUGUACAUAGUGGGGAUUGUACUGAUCAAUUUCACGCUAACAUUUCAUUUCUAUGCUAACAAUGUCAAUUUUAAACUAACCGUGUGAUACUGUAUUUAUUCAAAAAUAACCUCCU